AUAAAAUAAACCAUUUAUAGGUUAGGUGAAUGGAAAUAGUCCACUAAAAGAAUGGAGAAGGUGCUUACAGUUUUGAACUAAUGACAUACUUCUGGUGUUUUUUUUUGUUGUUGCUGAUUUUUUCGUUUUUGUUUUUACUUACGAUAUCCCAUUCCUUUGUUGUCCAUCUCACUAACCAGUUGCAAAAUGAAGUCUGAUAGACUGUAAUUCACUGUAUUAAUCUGUUAUCAUACAAUAGAUCAGAAAAAAAAGUAGCAUUACCUCUUCGCAGAGCAAGAAUUAUGAGCACUGAAUUAAAAAUACUACAGGCUACUGGUAAUAAUCAACUGAGUAAUAAUAAUAAAAAAACUCUGCUAACUGAAAUUGCUCACACCUUUUGGCAUCUGACCACGAUUUCCUUCUAGCACAUUUUCAGGAUAUGUAUUCUUGUGUCUAAAACUGGAUGGAACACCACAGAAACAAGGACUUGUAAGACUGCUUAAGAGACUAUUAGAUAUUUAAUACAAGAACCUUUCUAUUAAAACAAAUUUUAACACAAUUAUAUAUUCAAAAGUUGAAAGAAAAGGUAAAACUAAGCUUAACAGGAACAAAAAUUAAAAUAUGCAUGCAAACUAAUUACAGCAUUAUGAACUAAUUACUAAUAUUUCUCAGCAAGUUCCCCUCACUUAAAUUUAAUCUUAAAUGAGAUCAAUUUUUUAGUCUAAAUAGAAGGCCAGAAUACAUGUCCAUCAUUUUAGAACAACAACAACAACAACAAAAAUGAACAAUUAAAUCCAUAGUAGAUCACUAAAGUGGAUUCUCGGAUUCUUACAGUGGGUGCUUAUAUGUGAAGCAAAGCAAACACAACAAGAAUCUUAGUAAAACUCCAGAAGUUUUUUUAUGGUAUCUCCUCUGUUCUCAUAGAGGAACUUAUUUAAGGCUUUUGAAAACUCAUAUCUGACGACCACAGAUGUAUCAGAAAGAAGGAAAUUCAGAAGUCUCGAGCUCCGCAGAGCUAAGCGGAGUUUGACUCAUCUGUGAUCAACACUCUUCUUCCGGAGGAGGGAAAACAUUCUUUGUAGCCUUCUGGGUGGUUUCUGUAAAACACUCUAUUUCUUGGACACAAACUGAGUUGGUUUUCCUGAAUGAUUAGUAAGCCUAGAACGCAUCAGCUGUUAACUGCUUCCACAGAAUCCAGCAUGUGACUAGACAUAAGUGAUCUGUUCAUUUGGUCACUGACACGAAGAUAUGACAUGGAUACACUCUUAUUACUGCAGAAUUAAAUAUCAUCCUUUUCAUUGCAGCAGCGGAGAUAAAAAGGACGUAAGACAAAAUUUCCCUCUCUCCAAAGGAAGGUGCCUGCAGCUUGCAUAGCUCUCACCAUUUAUGCAAGAAGACUCGGCAUAAAUGACAAAUUCAACAUGUGUUCUCCAGCCAUCAUUAGCUACUACUGUAGCUCUACCCAUCAUCUACUCUUUCCUAUUUACAACUGGCAGUUUUGGAAAUACUCUCGCUGCCUGUGUAUUUUUAAGGCAAAUACCCACAAGAAGAACACAAUACAUUUACCUGGUAAAUCUUGUCACUGCAAAUUUGCUCAUAUGCAGUGCUAUGCCUUUCCUGGCUGCCUAUUUUGCAAAUGGGCAUAAUUGGACAUAUGAAUCUGGAAUAUGCAAGAUAUCGUACCACCUUGGAACUACCAUUACACAUGUCUGUAUGUAUGUUACAAUUCUAAUUUUAUGUACAAUUGCUUUAAGUCAGUAUGCAACACUGAAGAAAAAUAAUGAUGCACAAUACUCUCAAGCAGUUAAGGAAAACUUCAGCAAACGUGUACUUAAAAAGUUCCGUCAGCCAAAAUUUGCUAAAUAUUUUUCUAUCUUUAUAUGGCUUAUUGUAAUGUGCAUAACGGUAGCAACUAUAACAUAUGAUGCUCAGGCAAGGUCUGAGGAAGAAUUUUACACGUGUUAUAACAAGAGGGUAGAAGCUGGUGAAUUUACUGCAAAGAUUGCAGCAUCUUUUGUUACUGCUUGUUUUUUUCUAUUGUUUGUAACAGUUUUGUUGUCAUACUAUUCUCUUACCAGGCAUCUGAGUAAAAUACAAAAAAACACUUGCAUUGGACAAAAACAUCUGAUUUACAGAACAGUGAAAAGAAACAUUCUUGUCAUCCAGAUAAUUUUAACUGUCUGCUUUCUUCCAUAUCAUGUUUUUAGGCCAAUUUUUUAUGUACUGCUUCUAGAUGAAGACUGUUCAAGGCUAAACUAUCUAGUGGAAAUUAAAAAUUUCCUUGCUUGUCUCGCUGUUUCUAGGAGUAGUGUAGACCCAGCUAUAACCCUUCUACUAGAUAGAACAUUAAAGAAAAGUUUGUAUGACCUGUUUAAAAAAUCCACACCUUAACACCACCAAUAUAAACCUGGUAUUUUCACUGAAAAGAUCCCCUGCAAUGUGAAGUAAUGCGGAAAGAAUUUAGUAAAACUGAACUAACAGUAAACUCAUUUUGACUCCUAUAAUCAGACUUUUACAUGAAAUGGCAAAUAUCUAAAUAAAAUAACAUAUUACAUGUAUAUAUAUUUUUUAAUAUGAUCUUGUUUGCUACAUCAACAUUAGCCAUAAUAAAUCCUAAGUGUAUAUCCAAA